AGGCGUUUUUGUUAUUUCACGUUAUCCACACCGCUUUAAAGUUUGUGGAACAGAUCCACUGCUUUGAGAUGGACGAAGAAACGGUUCCCAAGCAGCCAACGGAUAGGCGUGUGGGCGCUGGAGGCGACCUAUCUGCGGGUCCACCCGGCGUCGAUGAGAAAAGCGGAAACGAAAAGAGUGAGGACAAGGGUGCUGCGGCGGGUAAGCGCGGCAAAUCUAGCCCCCGGAGACGCUCCACAUCGCGUCGCCGCUCCACAUCCCGCGGUCGACCAGAUUCCCGCAACGCUGCAUCGCCGCCGGCCACGCGGCGUAGACGCUCCGUAUCGCGUUCGCCUUCUCCCCCGCGCCGCGGUCGCUACGACUCACCGGACUAUGGCCGGUAUCCACCGCGCCGCCGCUUCGACCGCGAUCGACGCCGCUCUCCUGACCGUCGGCGUUCUCCACCACGUCGAGGCAGACGCUACGGACGCUCCCGCUCUCGCAGUAUAUCGCCGCUCCGACGAGGUGGACGCGGGAUAAGUCCCGGUGGUCGUUGGUCGCCCAAGAAGAAGCCAGCUUCGCCACCCAUGCCCCCGCAACAGGGUGGACUUUCGCAACAAAUGGCUCCCGGCUACGGCGUCAUGGCUCCACAAAUGUAUGCCACGGGACCCUACGGACCUCCGCCCGAUGUCUACGGGCACCAGUACGGAAUGCCGCCGAACGCGUUUUCAGGCCAGGGAUACGGGAUGCCAGGACCGCCGCCUGGGCAGAACGAUUUCAGCACUGGAUAUGGACCUCCACCUACCGGAGCAUGGGGCGUGAACGAGUACGGCCAACAGGUCUGGAUGCCACAAACGCUGGCCGGAGUGCCGCCCUCGGUUCCAGUACCCGAGGUCUUGGCCCCACAACAGCUCCAGCCGCUCGAUACGGCGCCUCCGGUGAAACAGCACGAGGAGGAGCAGAAAACUUCAGCGCUGGACGGCGCAGGUUUGCCGGCUCAGGACGCCGUGGCCCAAGAAGCGGAGAAGCAGAAGGACGAACUGAAGAAGCAGCGCUCAAACUAUGUGAAGAAGGUGACGAUACUCAAAAAGGAAAUGAAAGUGCUGAAGGAUCAGCGGGAGGAUUUGGCCUCCGGCGAAGCGCCGCCGUCGCCAACAACAAAGAAUUUUAUCGAGGAAAAUGAUCGCCUGCAGGUGCAAAUUAAGAAAAAGCUGGACACCAUCGAGAAUGUUAUAGACAUGCUGAACGGUAUCAUUGGCUACGAGGAUCACGAUGAUGAUCCGCCCAAGCCCAAGCCCCAUCCGAAGCCUGCACAAGAUCCGCAGAGUAGCCGAUCGCACACCACCACUGACAGUUCUGCGGACACCUCAGAAUCCAGCACACCAUCUGGCAGCUCAUCUGAAUCGUCCUCCGAGGGCGAGGAUGACGACGACGAGGAGAACGGUGACAAAGACGGCACACCCACGAAUCGUCUUAAGAACCGAGCCAUCAAGUCGAUGAAGUCAAAGCAGCGACACGGUGAAACGAAGUCAACAGCUUCGGCACAAAACUACAAUUUUGUGUUUUUCGAUCCCGAGCACCAUUGGUGCGAGAGCUGCUGUGUGUUCCCGAAAUCUGCACGCGACUAUCUGAAGCACUUGCAUGGCGAGGAGCAUAUGAACCGUGAGACCAUCGAAACACCAUGGCACGUGGGCAUCGACCAUGAUCCCUUCCCCGUAUACGAAAAUGCGCCGGUCAAGCGUGUCCCUGUGCGAGGAAUGCACUUUCUGGUGCCGGCCAAUGCUUGGUUUUGCAAACUCUGCAGCGUUUGGAUUGGUGACCUGCACUGUGCCUCGGCUCAUCUCAAGUCCAGGCUGCACUCAAAUAAAUACGAGCUUUUCAUUAAUCAGAAUCCCAACUAUGAGGCCGAACGUCACGCAAAUCGUGAGCGGGCCAUGAUACAACAAAAGGGAAAUGAUGACUCCAAGAACAAGAAGGGCAGGAAGGACGACGAGAAGGGCUCCAAGAAACGCAAGAAGAAGAGUGGUGAUAAGAAGAAAAAGAAGCGUAAGCAUGGGAAAAAGAGCAAGCGUAGUAACAACGAUGCCAACAGCUCAUCGUCAACCUCCGAGAGCUCGUCGGAGGAGGACGAGAAGACGCAGCAACCAAAGAAAGGUCGCACCGAGGAAUCAUCGAGUGGCCCAGCAGACAAGCAGGCUACUAAUGCCCCCUCCAUACGUGUGAGCAUGCGAAAGCAGGAAGGCCCAUUGGCAACAUCCUCGAAGCCGGAAGUGCCUUUGCAGUCGCUGGCACCGCCACCGCCUCCAAUCAUUAAGGAUUCCAUAAACGCUUCAGCCCGUGGUAAAUGGACAUCGGCUUCUGGCGAAGAACAAAGGGAGGACGAAAAGAAACGGGACGAGGCCAUGAUUCAGCAGUGGAAUAACGUCCAGCCGGUAAUAAGCGAUAGCGAGAAGAAAUUGCUAGAACAGCUCAAGGGACGGCUGAAGGGCAAGGGUCCGCGUGAGCCCGAGGACAACAAAUUGGUGAUGCCGCAUUCAGCCUUUGCGGCUGAAGAAAAGUCAAAACGCGGAGGCAGCCGCCGUUCUCGCAGUCCUAAGCGGCGUAGCCCCUCACGUAGCAAUAGUCGCGGUCGCUUCGACAGAGAUCGGCGGGAUCGGGAUCGAGAUCGGGACAACAGAGAUCGUGGUCGGGAUCGGGACCGAGAUCGAGACCGCGACCGCGACAGGCGUCGCUCACGCAGUCGUUCGCGCAGCCGCGGUCGAAGGCGCUUCUCUCGAUCGCCGUUAAGGGGAAGCCGGCGAAGUCGUUCCCGUGACAGCCGACGUCGAAGAAGUCGCAGCCACUCCGAGGAACGUGUGGAGCGUCCAGUGGUUAAGCAUUCCGAGUUCCGGCCACGAACAGUGCCCGAACGUAAGCCGGAAGUAAAGCGGGACAAAAAGGAUGCCGAAAGUAAGCUGAAGGCGGCGGCGAAGGCAAAUGCAAGCUCCAAUGCCGCGGCAGGAGGCAAGAAGCUCCCCUUCAUCGGCAAAAUGCCAGUAUUCAAGAAGCAGCCAGUGACAGCUUCUAGCUACGAUGCUGCUACUGCGGCUGCGUAUACCAACGGCGUUUUGGGAGCUCCUCCGCCGCCCCCACCACCGUUGGGUGGACACCCAGCGGAUCAGCUAGCCGUUAGGCAGCCCGCCCCGACGGCAGCGCAGAUACAGAUGGCCAUGAUGGAAGAUGCAUUCGGAAACGCUCCUCCCUUUCAUCCCGACGCUGGCAUGAUGGUGGACUACGAUGAGCUAAUGCCGGAUCCUGUCCAAUUUGCCCACUUGAUGACUACCUGUCCGCCUCCACCGCCGCCGGGAGAAGGAUCCGAGGGCGAAGUGCGUGACCCAGAAGAUGGCGAAGAGAAUGAGAACAAUGAAGGUGAUGAAAACGACGUUCUGCCUCCGGGCAUAGACGAAGCUGAAUCUGAUCUGGUGCCGCAGCCUCUGGAUGCCGCGGAACAACCGCGGGACGGAGAACUGCCCAAGGACCUGGCCGCAGCCCUUGACAUCAUAUUCCCCAGCGAGGGAGCAGCACAGGAGGCAGCGGAUGAGAGCAGCCAGCAGCAAAUUGUGCCUCAAACUAUCACCACCAUCGUCGAGGACGAACCAGUGCUCAGUGAACAUAACCUUCAAGACUUGGCCAAGCAGGGGAUCCAUCUCGUCACCAUCGACGAGGCAGAAGCCUCGAAAGCUGUCAUUUCACCAACGAUAUCUAAUGAGGACACAGCGGAGACACAGAAACUGAACGGCGCCAAGUCUGCCGUAGCAUCAACAGACCUCAAGCAGUUGGUGGAAGCGGAGGACAUACCGAUGCCAUGCUCUCCCGUACCGGUGGUCAUCGAGGAGACAACGAGUAUGACCAUUUCUGUGAAGGAAGCUGAUGUCUCAGAUAUACCAGAGCCACCGUCAUCACCUUCAGGCAGUGAGAAGCUGCGUCGCCAGGCAGAACUGGACGAGUUGGCCAUGCUGGGCAUCGACAGUAAUGACAUGGCGGCACAAUUUGUAGAUGCGUUGUAAGGUUUGGUACUGACUUUGCCACCGGCAAAUGGGACGCUGUUGGAUUGAUCCAUCAUCGAUUGACACUUUGGGUUGGAAAACAAGGAGUGGAACAGUUUUAGUUUUUAAUUUCGACACCUACGUAUGAGUGUUUAUGUGACGGAAUGUUUUAAAUAAAUGCGCAUAUAUGUAUGUAA